CUUCACUUUGAUCGCCUAGAAAAACCAGCGUAGAAGAACAAAAAUGAUUAAGGCAUCGUCAAAACCCUAAUUCGUUUAGCAUAGGGCAAUGAUUCAUCACCGCCAUUAAAGCAGCACUCUCAACAGUUGUAGAGGAGCCGCAAAAAAACUGGAAAUUUGAAGCAGAGUAUUGGGGUUUUGUGCUGUGCUUUCCUCUGGUUUUUUUACUCCGCUUUCUCAUCGCUUUGCGUGUGUAGUAAUGGCGGAAUUCAUGUAAUUUGCGGGUUCGAAGAUUUUGUUUCAGGCAUUGAAGAGUUGCAGAGGUUUUACCAGGUACUUUAACCUUUACAGAUUCCUCUUGUUUAGGGAAGGAGCGGUAUUUAAUGGCGAAUUGAAUGAGGAGGACUUUCCUUCGAUCCGUAGGUGUGAUGAAGUCGAUGCGAUUUCGACCCUAAAAUUAGGGUUAAUGAGUUCACUUCGGUCGAAUCUCGAAAUCCUGCUGCAACUUGGAGUAUUUGAAAUUUGAAAGAACCAAAGUUUUCUGCCUAUUUUCACCUGUAAAAUCAGCUAAAUUUGGCUUAUUGACAGGGAAUUGAAGGUUGGCGUGUGCUAACAAUGGAACUAUGGAUUGGCCAGAAGAUGAAGUCUUCCUGUAAAUCUUUCCGGAAAAUGAAGUUCCUAUUGGAGUUUUGACUGGGAAAUGAAGGCUUUAUAGGACUUUUCUCCCGGAAAAGUAGAUUUUAGCUGGAGAACAAAGUUUUCCAGUUUCAACGUGAUCUCUUGACUGAUAAUUGAGGAUUUGUCGUUUUGGAUCAUCACAUACAGGAAAGUCAAGUUCCAGUCCAUUUCAAGCUAAAUAAUUGAGCUUCUCUUUUGCUUUAGAGUGACAGAGUGAAGCUAUAUGGUUCAGUUUCAGAAGACAAGCUUUUGCAUAUUUUUAUUUUGCGCUGAAAUCGGACAAAAGAGAAGAAGAAAUAGGAGCUUAUGAAAUGAGAUGCAAUGAGAAGAGCAGAAGCCUUUGCAAUCAAUUGCCGGAGAAAGUGAAGCUUUGAUGAUUCCGACCAUUUCUUGCCAGAAAACCUGAAAUUUUCAGUUGGAUCUUCCGCGGGAAAAUGAUUUCCAGGCCAAAUUUGAGUCCGCAAAAACAAAACACUCAUCAUCCACGUUCCAUUGCUUUCGUGAACUGAACUUUUUCUGACACCAAAACCCUAAAAAGAGAAGAUGGUAUCAUACUCCAUAAGCUCUCAAAUCCUAAUUUUAUACAUUCUCAUUCUCCUUUUCCCCUAUAUUUGCGCUCAAAUUUCAAGAUCGCCGUGUCACCGAUUUUGUGGCGGAAAAAAGCUUCCCUUCCCCUUUGGCUUUUCAAGCAAUUGUCCAAUCCCUUUAAACUGCUCUAUCAAGGGUGAUAUCACCCUCCAUGACUUCAAAAUCCUCAACAUCACCGUUGAUGGUAUCUUGCUUGAAUACCCGGCGAUUUGUAACCGGAAAGUCUCAGACCUAAACCGUCUUUUUGGCCCAAAUUUCGCCAUAAGUUCUCGAAAUGGCCUCUUACUCCAAGACUGUAAAAAAUCAGUCUCGGAUUGCCUCAUCUCAAGCUCCUUACUACACGACAGAUUCAAUAUAUCACAAUGUAGGGUUUCAGGGAAUAUUAGUUGCUUCUCUGCUAAUGAUCAUGGAUACUUAAAAUGGAAGGAAAUUAAUGGAAGCGGGUGUGGUUCUUUGCUAUCAUCUUUUGCUUUAGACCAAAGUAGAAGCCCCAAGAUUUCUCUGGAUUUUGAGGUGCUUGAGCUUUCAUGGUGGAUGACAGGAAAUUGCGACAAUACGUCUUGUUCAGAGGAAUCGAACUGCUCGGAAUUUGAGAUUCCAGUCACCGGAAGACAUGGUUUCCGGUGUAGUUGCAGACAUGGGUUUCAUGGCGAUGGGUUCAAAAGGGGAGAUGGGUGUCAUAAAGAUUCUUUUAAGUGCAAUCCGUCUAAUUACAUAAAGGGACGGUGUGGUGGUACUACCAGAGUUGUUGUCCUAAUCGGAGGUCUUCUUGCCGGAGCUUCUAUAAUGGCUGGACUGGCUGUCCUCUUCUAUUGCCUGAGACGCCAACCCACUUGCUUCCGCACUCGAAAGAGCAACAAACACUUGAUCUCAGCGGCUGCUCACUCCUUCACGGUCCCUUUAUACCCUUACCGAGAAGUCGAAAGAGCCACCAAAGGCUUCUCUGAAAAACAAAGGCUUGGAACUGGAGCCUAUGGCACUGUUUAUGCUGGAAAAUUACAUAAUGACGAAUGGGUAGCUGUAAAAAAGAUUCGACACAAAGACACUGAAGGUAUUGAACAGGUAAUGAAUGAAAUCAAGCUUCUCUCUUCAGUGAGCCACCCCAAUUUGGUGCGCCUCUUGGGAUGUUGCAUAGAGAGAGAUGAACAAAUUCUUGUGUAUGAAUACAUGCCCAAUGGUACAGUAGCACAACAUUUACAAAGAGAGAGGGGUCAAGGCCUAUCAUGGAAUGUGCGCUUAGCCAUAGCCUCUGAAACUGCACAUGCUAUUGCUCACCUUCACUCAGCGAUCAACCCCCCCAUAUACCAUAGAGACAUAAAGUCCAGUAACAUACUCUUGGACUACAAUUUCAACUCCAAAGUUGCUGAUUUUGGCUUAUCAAGGCUCGUUUUAAGUGAGUCUUCUCAUAUAUCGACUGCCCCUCAAGGCACCCCUGGCUACUUAGACCCGCAAUACCACCAAAACUUUCAUUUAUCAGAUAAGAGUGAUGUUUAUAGUUUUGGGGUGGUCUUGGUUGAGAUCAUAACAGCCCUCAAGGUGGUGGAUUUCAAUAGAAGCCAAAGCGAGGUGAAUUUGGCUGCAUUGGCGAUUGAUAAGAUAGGGAAGGGCCUUGUUGAUGAGAUUAUAGACCCUUUUCUUGAGCCCCAUAGUGAUGCGUGGACUCUAUCGAGUGUGCACAAGGUGGCUGAAUUGGCCUUCAGGUGUUUGGCUUUUCACAGAGAUGUUAGGCCUUCGAUGAUGGAGGUUUCCACUGAGCUUGAUCAAAUAAGAAUGAGUGGAUGGGCUCACAUGGAGGUGGGGGGUGUCAGUUUUGCGGGUGUGUGCACCUCCCCAUCUGUUCGUUCCAUUGAUAGUGAGAGAUCGCAUAAAGGUGCAAGUAAGAGAGACGACGGUGGUGGGGGUGGUGGUGGUGGUGGGGGUGGUGGUGGGGUGGUGGUUUCUUCUUCAUUGGAGGAUUUGAAGGGGGGUUCUCCUGUGUCUGUGCAGGAUCCUUGGUUCAGUGAGCAAAGUUCUCCUUCGACAAAUAGCCUGUUGGGUAACGUGGUUCAGUGAAAGUUGUUAUAUGUUCUUGUACUUCUUGUUUAUAACCGAAAGAAAAUGAAAUUAAGUAAAGUUAUGUAAUAUUCAACUUGGAGUUCCUUUGAUUGGUGGGUUUGUUUUAGCUUUCAUGUGCUGCUCGGUAACUAUGACUACAGGGCCUGAAUCACCGUGUGUUUCAAUACUGAGUUGAUAAAAUAUUUUGACCGC